AAACAGAGUAGACAACACAUCACUUCACUUCACUGACUACACCGGAUUCCGACAGCAUAACAGUAACAUCGUCAGAAACAGUUGGAAUCGGAGUCGUAAUUUAGUGUUACUAAUAGGCCAGACUAGAAAAUCAUUUCAUAUCGAAGUGCGGCUUCAAUCUCACAGACCAGAAAUGAAAAAGCCAACUUUCGAGCGAGUCUUUGUGACUGUCGGAUCUACUCAAUUUGAGGAACUGAUUGAUUCGGUCAUUGACAGCUCAGUGGUGAAUGAGCUGCGCCGGAUGGGUUGCCGGAAGCUGAUUCUCCAGAUAGGACGUGGCAAAGAUCCCAAAAUAGUGAAGGAAAUUUUCGGAAACGAUAUCGAUGUGACAUUUUUCGAUCUCAAAACCAGCAUCGCUGAGGACAUUAAGCAGGCAGAUUUGGUCAUCAGUCACGCUGGUGCUGGAAGUUGUAUCGAAGUGCUUGGAGCCGAGAAGCCGCUGGUAGUGGUGGUAAACGAAAGGCUGAUGGACAAUCAUCAAACCGAACUGGCGGAUCAGUUGUCCAAGGAGGGCUAUCUAAUGUACUGUACUCCAUCGACAUUGGCACAAACCCUUGCGGAGAGCGACUUUGGACAGCUUAAACAAUUUCCGCCGGGUUCGGUAUCAGAUUUCAUCAGCUAUCUGGAUGCAUUCAUGGGCUUUUAGAAAGUCUUGGUUUCCGCUGGGUGCUAUUUUUCGGAGGACCCGACAUAUUCAGUGAAUUAUUUAUACAUAUUUAUUAGU